UGCAGCUGCUAAUACAGUAGCAGGUACAGCUGCUAAUACAGUAGCAGGUGCAGCUGCAUAUUUUUGCAAUAAAAAUGUUCUGUUGUAAUGGAAUUCAUGCAUUCAUUUUUGUUUGCUUUGAACCCAGAGCAGACGUCACACGCCAGACAACAUCAACACUGCAUACUUUAGUAUUUGUUCAUUUAUCGUGAGUAAUAUCGAUAUCGUAAUAUUAAGCACUGUUAUCGAAUAUCGCAGGUUUUCCUAAUAUCAAACGGACGUGUGUUAAUAGGGAAAUGGCUGGCGAGCCAUGUUUGCGCAUGCGCUGUGAGCGGUUCUGGUUCUGGUGCUGGUAGAUUCUCGCACGAGGGGAAAAUCGGCUCAGGUUGUGUACUUAUUUUUUGCACAGGCAUUUGUUUACUGUGAAGUAAAGUUGAAGUGCUGAAGUUUUGAAAACUAAUUUUGAAUAAAACUUGAAGAAUAACUGGCAACUGCGUGCUCAUUUUAAGAGGUCUUUCAUAUUUUAUAACCUGCUAUUAGAUAUAAUGGUUUACAAACACAAAAGGGUCAUUUAUUAGUGUACUCGAUUAAUCGAUAAAAGAUUCGAUAGAGUACUCGAUUACAAAAAUAUUCGAUAGCUGCAGCCCUAAUCAGGACACCUUUGUCUCCUCAUAAGUUUGCCCUCUGUCUAAAUGGAGGUUGUCUCCACUCAGAAAGAGGAAGGACAUUUGUGAAAGUGCUAAGUGCAUGGAUGUGUUGCUCUGAUGUCUAGUCAAAGCUAAAAUUAGCAGCUUUUCUGGAGCGUAUGCAUGCUGCUUGUAGACGCGCUUACUGCUUGUGCCUGGCAGUGGUGAGUGGACCGCUAGCAGUGCGUCAAGGAGGAUUGGGCUGCAUGUGGUAGAAGUGGUUUGAUUUGGUUUUUAUUCUCACAAGGCACACCUUUUGGGCAAAGUGCCAUUUAUGCACACUUGUAUCACUGAGUAAAUACAACAGAUGUCGUAAAAUAGAUAUCGACACCGGAUGCUAAGAUGAAUGUAUCGCACCACUUUUGGAUUUCCAUUAAAAGCUAUAAAAUGUUUUUUAUUGCAAUAAGUUUAUUUCAUACCAUAGAUCUUUAAGUGAAUUUUGCAGAAAAGGACAGCAAACCUUUAGAUUUACAAAUAGUUUUUUUUAUUUCCAGGGCUACUGUGAGGCCGGGGUUACAGCGAAGCAGAUGAAUUCAGACGUGCUAUUGAUGAUUGUUAAAUAUCAGAGAAAACACCAUAAAGCUAUAUUUCCCUGAGUGAUUUUCAGCUCUUAGAACUGGUCAGUAAUUUAUGAGUCCAUUGGGUUUCAGGACGCUAGAUUAUAAAACAACUUUCCAUUGGUUAGUUUCCUAGUCCUCUGGUAGUAUUCAGCUUAUGUCAGGAAUUGAUUUUUCACCGUUUCAGACUCCCAAUCACACUUUCAGCUUAUAUACGCCUCUGUUUGCUCCCUCUCAUUCUCCUCCAGAGUGCGGCACAAACAUAAAACCAUCUGAAGGAGUUUUGGUGUCAACUCAGACCUGAUUGUGCCACUCUUCGUAAUUUAAUGUUGGUCAGCUCGCCCCAAUAUAACCCCCCUAUUUCUGCGUCAGAGUGGGCCAGCGAGGCCCAGGAGAGGGAUGGAUUGAUUUUUGGAGGAUCAAUUCAGCACUGGCACUAGAUGGACUCUGGUUCAUUUGAGCUGGGUGAGAAAGUUCCAGCAUGGCGGAUGUUCCUGUUCAGCUCGUCUCCUGAGAGCGCCACUUUUGUGUUUUUGAAAACACCCUGAUCGUUUCUAAAGGUUUGCCGUCAAAGAUGGAACAUCUGAUUGGUUCUGCUAAUUAGGGAAGGUUUUAGUUUAAUAUAGAGCUGUCUGGUUCACCUCAGGGGUUUUAGGCCUAGAUUAACUCUGCUUAAUUAUACCAGCCAGUGUUUUAUGCCCCUCCUCCUGGUGAAUAUGCCCCUGAUUUGAUCAAUAUAUAGCCUGUGUGUGUAUGCGUGUGUGCGCGUGCCAUCAGAGCGAACAGCAGUGAGCACUUCGUGUACAGAAUAAAUAUUGAUACAAACCAAGCAAGGGUCCAAUUGAUCCACACGAGCGUUACGAGGAGCAGUGCAGCAUUCCAGCCUAUGUUUGAAUGCACCGGGGAUGUGGAUGCUACAGUUUGGGUUCUGGUCUCUUUUUAAGUGACACACCGUAACUGGAGAAUUGGAUCACCUUCUGCUAUCAAGGACACUUGACAGUUUUUGUGGGUUUUUUUGUUUUGUUUUGUUUUGUUUUUACAUUUGUUUAUCUGUCUGGGUCACUCUUAGGGACGAUAGGUCACGAGUCAGACUGUGGAAAGUGGGGGGGGGCCCUAGGCUGAGGAAGACGUACAGGGAGACUUGCAAGGCUCAUGUGUGACAGGAAGAGCUCCAGAAGGCAUCAUGCAAGCAAGAGGGAGUCCUCUUCGCGCUCAAGUGAAUUAGGGGCAUGCUCAGCUGAGGCUGCAGCACCAGAGGUACCCAUAGUCCUCCCAGAUGUGAAGGAGUUUCUGGCCAAAGCCAAAGAAGAUUUCCUGAAGAAAUGGGAGAAUCCAGCCCAGCAAACCGCCGCGUUGGAUCAUUUCGAGCGUUUGAAGACUUUAGGCACUGGUUCGUUUGGUCGAGUCAUGUUGGUUAAACACAAAGAGACGGGACAACAUUUUGCUAUGAAAAUACUUGAUAAACAGAAGGUCGUGAAGCUGAAGCAGAUAGAGCACACACUGAAUGAGAAACGCAUCCUGCAAGCGGUCAGCUUCCCCUUCCUGGUGCGGCUGGAGCACUCUUUUAAGGACAACAGUAAUCUGUAUAUGGUGAUGGAGUAUGUUCCUGGGGGAGAAAUGUUCUCGCAUUUAAGGAGGAUCGGUAGAUUCAGUGAACCACACGCCCGCUUUUACGCAGCCCAGAUUGUACUAACCUUUGAAUACCUUCACUCUCUGGAUCUCAUCUAUCGAGACCUGAAGCCAGAAAACCUGCUGAUUGACCAGCAAGGUUACAUCCAGGUAACAGAUUUUGGAUUUGCUAAAAGGGUGAAAGGUCGGACCUGGACACUGUGCGGGACUCCAGAGUACCUGGCACCAGAGAUCAUCCUCAGUAAAGGUUACAAUAAAGCAGUGGACUGGUGGGCUCUGGGAGUUCUGAUAUAUGAGAUGGCUGCGGGCUAUCCGCCCUUCUUUGCAGAUCAGCCCAUUCAGAUUUAUGAAAAGAUUGUAUCUGGGAAGGUUCGCUUCCCUUCUCACUUCAGCUCAGACCUGAAGGACCUGCUGAGAAACCUGCUGCAGGUGGACCUGACCAAGCGCUUUGGCAACCUCAGAAAUGGAGUCAACGAUAUCAAAGGUCACAAGUGGUUUGCCACUACGGAUUGGAUUGCCAUCUACCAGAAGAAGGUGGAAGCUCCCUUUAUCCCCAAGUGCAAAGGCCCCGGUGACACAAGUAACUUUGAUGACUACGAGGAAGAGGAGAUCAGAGUUUCUUUCACAGAGAAGUGUGCAAAGGAGUUUGCAGAGUUUUAGGCUUCCAACCACGAGUAGCAGAGAGAGGGGCAGAGAUGUGGAAAGCAAAAGGGGAUGUAAGGACAGGAAACACAAAGUGGACUGUUAACUUGCUCAUAUGUGAUGAGGAAAAAAAACAAUGUAAAAUCCUCCCAAUUGGAAAGGUAGGCAGGGCGAGGACAGAUCUUCAGAACCAGCAGUGUUGCCAUUUCUGAUUGUUUCUCUACCGUUUGCUAUCCAUUUCUUUAUCCUUUAAUGUGUUUGUGAAAGGCUCUUGACAAGAACAAGCAUAGAUUGUUGCUGUUUGGCUAGAAUUGUAUUUUUCUGAUGACAUAAUGACACAUUCGCAGUCUUUGAAGGUGGAGGCACGGAUUUUCUGUGAAGGUACCAAAUCUGUUAGGCUCUUUUCUUUUUUUUUAAUGGCCCCACUCUACGAGCUUUUCCAGUGAUUGUAGAGUGAUUGUUGUGUCCUAUCAGCCUGGUGCCCUUGCAUUGCUCCAUCUGGAAUCUGUUCAAGCAAUACCAAGUCCAACAGAUGUGCCUGUCAUAAUGCCAACUGGUUGGAAAACAGUCGAACACGUCGAUGCAGAGUCGUGACUCGUGGUCAUUUGGUUGGAGGCUUGAAACUGUCCACACCUGCCUUGGUCUUCUCAGUGUGGCAUGGUUGUUAGGUGGAUGAUGCACUCCGCUGCUUGCGUUUGAAGCAGCAGCGACCUCUUUGAUCACAGUGAAAAUUGUCUAGGUCUUAAACCUUCUGGGACCUGAGAGAAGUAAACAUGAGGUCUGCACCUGAGUCUGUCCUUCUCUUAUUUAAAUUUAUUAGAGCAUUUAAAAAAUAUUAUUGAUCAUUUUGUCUUUUUUUGUGUCGAUCACUGUGCUUGUGUGUUAUUUAGUGCUCAAGGGUGGGUGAAUAGGCUGCAGUGUAGCAGCUGCUGACAUUAUGGACACUCCUGGCCAUUGUUUAUUUUAUUAGUCAUUAUAUAUAUAUAUAUAAUUAUAUAUAUAUAUACAUAUAAUUAUAUAUAUAUAUAUAUAUAUAUAUAAUUAUAUAUAUAUAUAUAUAAUUAUAUAUAUAUAUAUAUAUAUAUAUAUAUAUAUAUAUAUAUAUAUGUCCCUCAUUUGAACUCUGUCUCAAAGCUGUAAAACUGAAAGGAUUUUAUAAAUAAAUAUAUGAAUACAUAUACAUUCUGCCAAAUUGGCAGACUUGCAGCUGUCUACAUGUAAUGAUGAUGGUUGUGGUGGAGGAUUAAAACACAAAACAGUAGCGAAACCUAUCAACACCAUUUGCAUGUUAUUUUUGUGCAGUAUGACUUCCAACGUUGGCUCAGAGUAUCCAAGCUAAGGUACCGGAUAUUGUGGCUAAACUGUUGGAUAUUAAAAUAGAUGCAGAGCGCUCUGUUGAAGACGGAACAAAGUCCAGUUAGAUGUGUCACUCCUUCAGGGCAUCUUUUGCUUUAGGGCAGAUGAUGUUUGCAAGAUAAUUGCCACUGAAAAUGAUGGUCUGUCUUGGACAUAUUUGCCCCCCCUUCUUUCUGACUGGUAACCCUGUCCCCUGGCUUGUGGGGGUAGGGGGGCUGGGCUGUUGGGAUCUCCAGCUUUCUACGAUACAAUUUCCACGUGGGAAGCUCUUCUGAAGCCGUCCCUUUUUGCCAAGUUUAUUUCUGUGGAUGCAAGACAAUCGCAGACCAAGUCCUAUUGCUGGUUUGUUGACAGAACACAUCGUUUUGAUUUGAACGCUGUAAACUUUCACCCACCCACAUUUCACAAUAGGCCCUCGGUGCUAGAUUUUGUCCGUCUCCCUGAAAAGCUUCUGUGAGCAGUUCGACGUGCAUCGAUCCAUCCGUCAGUCUCGUAACAUGA